UUAACCCCAGAGUGUGCCCCCCCUUUCCCUAUCCACCGAUUUAAAUACCCUGUGUCAGUUGUGCCGAGGGACGUCGUAGCUAUACUUCCGUAUCUCCCCGUAUUUUAAGGUCGCCCUGUGAAUGUCCGAUAUCGUCGAUAUCCUUUUCUUUAAGAAAAAAAAGUCAUCCCUGGCGCUCGAUUGACGAUUGAGUCAUCUUUCUCUCGACCUCCUUUCGCUUCAAUUCUUUUCCCUUUCGCGUGCCGCUGUUCUCCCCAUACCGUCGCAUUGACCUAGACCACUAUACUUCCUCAUUGGAAGGGCAUUGCACCUCAAUUGACUCGAAAACAAUUCAGUAAUUGCACAACCACAGUCGCCCACCAUGUCGACGAAGAGUGCGCAAGGCAAUGGCAAUGGCAACAGCAAGAAGCCUACCUCUCCGGCUGUGAACUUGAUCGCUGGUGGUGGCGCCGGAAUGAUGGAGGCGCUCGUAUGUCAUCCUCUAGAUACCGUUAAGGUCCGGAUGCAGCUUUCGCGGCGCGCCAGAGCCCCGGGUGUAAAACCCCGCGGGUUUGUUGCCACUGGUGUUGAGAUUGUGAAGAAGGAGACCGCUCUGGGUCUCUACAAGGGUCUAGGAGCUGUCCUGGGAGGUAUUGUUCCCAAGAUGGCUAUCCGUUUCACCUCCUAUGAGUGGUACAAGCAAAUGCUUGCGGAUGAGACGGGACAUGUCACAAGCAAAGCAACUUUCCUUGCCGGUCUCUCUGCUGGUGUUACCGAAGCUGUGGCAGUCGUCAACCCUAUGGAAGUCGUCAAGAUUCGUUUGCAAGCGCAGUAUCACAGUUUGGCCGACCCUCUCGAUGCUCCUAAGUACCGCAGUGCCCCGCAUGCACUUUUCACCGUGAUCAAGGAAGAAGGGUUCAGCGCUCUUUACCGUGGUGUCUCCCUGACAGCCCUCCGACAGGGAACAAACCAGGCUGCCAACUUUACUGCAUACAGCGAGCUGAAGGCUGCGCUCCAAAAAUGGCAGCCAGAGUACGCCGAUACUCAGCUCCCCUCUUACCAGACGACCGUGAUUGGUUUGAUCUCCGGUGCCGUCGGUCCCUUCUCCAACGCCCCCAUCGACACAAUCAAGACGAGGCUGCAAAAAACCCGUGCUGAGCCCGGCCAAUCAGCUGUGUCACGUAUCAUGGCCAUCGCCAAUGACAUGUUCAAGCAGGAAGGUGCACGCGCUUUCUACAAGGGUAUUACUCCUCGUGUGAUGAGAGUGGCUCCUGGUCAGGCCGUCACCUUCACCGUGUACGAAUUCCUCAAGGGCAAGCUGGAGAAAUCCAACUGGGCCUUUGUGGGAGGUAGUUUUGAGGAGUAGAUUUGGCACCCCUGGAGGGAGUGGCCACUGCGUGUUCUCGAAAGCAUUUGAUACCAUGAGCAUGGUGGCGUUUUCGAUUGCAAUGCGAUCUCUGCAUCAUCAGUACAUAUCAUUGUCGUUAUCUUCUGGGCUUCUUGACGGCCGUUUAGAUUUGAUCUUAUAGCGUGGACUGUACAUAGUUCUUUUUCUUUUUCUUUCUGUUAGUUUUGUUGUUAUACCUUUUCCUAUGUUCAAUUAGUGAAGAUAUUAAACAAAUUCGAGACCAAGUUGCCUUGAAUCGGUUGA